GCGGAGACAGAGGGAGACAGGGCAGCACCACCACGCACAGCAGUAGAGUACAACAACACUUGCCGUGUUGGUCCAUGCCGAGUCUGCUCCAGAUAUAUUCAUCACUUGGCCGUCUAGUCUAACGUGUGUUCUCCACGGUCGUUGGUAUAUUGAUCGAUCCCCCAACCGGUAAAGCUACAGAAGUAGUUGUCCCGCGUUGUCGAGACGGGCGGGGGCAAUGGCGGCUUCCUCCCAACCGUCUUCGAGCCCUCCUCCCACGGCUGACAGCUUGGUGGUGAACUCGGACGAGAUGCGCAUCCUCAUGCAGCACAGAAAGGAGCUAGACGAAAGCCUUGCGCAGUUGGAGGCGCAGAUUUUUCACGACGAGGGCUCGUACAUAAAGGAAACCCCAUGCGGUAACGUCAUCCGGGGCUUCGAAAACUUUCACGACAGCAAACUCAACGCUGAGCAGCCCAAGAAGUCCCGCAUGGAAGUCAUCGAGGAGCGGAUAUUCAGCAAGUCCUCUUUCCUCUUCUGGCAACGAUCUCGGGAUCGGGCGGCGAAAGAAGAAGCGAAGAAGCACGAGCGCGAGCAGCACCACGCCAUGCUCGCCAAUCGGGGAAUGUUAAUGGGGGGCGGGAGCGGGGGUGGGGGUGGGGGUGGGGCCAACGGCGCGGCAGAGGGAGUCGGACACGUUCAGCCCUUGGGUUACGGGUCGUACGGCAUGUAUUUCUGCUCCUUCACGGUGCACUUUCGCGUCCUUGUCUUCGAUGGUUCCAUAAAGCAGAAGAAGAAGCGGAGUUCGACAGCGCUUGGAUCGGGGUCGGGCUCUUUUGCCGGUGGGGGGUCUCAGGGCGGAGGCGGCGAUGGAACCGGGGGCGGCAAUUCCGGGUCGUCGGUGGCAGCCAACCGUUACAACAACGUUUAACUCCAAUUGUCAGGGGGACUUUGCUGGAUGUAAUAUAUAUUUUUGAACAAAUAGAAGAAACACGGAAUGGAGAGACCCUUAUCUUUCCAAGCCUCGGCAAUGCUGUUGGGUUUGUGCUUGGUGCUGUUUUCUUUGGGUGUUUGGUUAUUUAAUUCGUUUUCUUAUGUAAGUGCUGGGAGUGGGUGGACGCCCGUUCUCUUGGCUGUUUUAACUUGUGGUGUGGUGGAUAGCCCAUUGGCCUCGUUCGAGCGAGACACCUCAUUAACUCUUCAAGAGAAGAUUCCUUCGAGCGUUUGUUAUCUUUCGCUCGCCACGUUUUUAAGAGCCGAUCGGCGGCGUACAACCUGCCUUGUUACAAGUGUUGUUGAGUUCCCGUGUAUAGCAGUGCUUGAUGAGCCAAUUUGAAUGUUUUGAGUCGAAGGACUAGUCUCUCUAUUCUGCAAGUCGUUCGCUCUAGUCUUUGAGCAACUGCUGUAACAACGUGUGCUGGGCGGAGCAUCAAGUUGUAGAGAUCGCCCCCGAUUUGAUGUGCUAGGUGGGUGCGGUGUGUUCACUCGAGCAGGAGGGUGCCGACAAGACUUGAAAUCGUGUUACGCUGCCGAAUGUCACACACGCUUCUUACACAGUGAUUGUUGCCAAGAGAUUAUGUGAGCUCUUUUCGGUCAUCGUAUUUGACGGCUGUUAACACUAGCUGCAGAGGAGGUAACACACGCAUCUUUCUUAGUAAUGUG